AUACUGUCAUCAAGUUCCGUGAAGUAAUUGCGUUAAAACAAGAAUGAUAAAUUUAGUUUGUUAAAUUUACUAUGGCUGUGUGCAUUUCAAUAAUUGGGAAAGAUGUAAGUUUUUUUAUAUAAAUGCAUAUGUGAUAAAAAACUAGCUAUUUGUUAAUGCAUAAAUAAAAAUCUCUGCGGACAUUUAUGCUUUGUAAAAUGUACCAGAGUAGCAGGUUUUUUUAUUUGCUCCUGUAGUAAACAAAAGUGUAUGAUUGACGAGUCUCGAAAAAUUGCCAGCUGUAAUAAUAUUUAGGUUUUUUGUACUUAACCAUAAAAGAUGUGGAAACCAAUUUGAACAAGUGCAGGCAAGACUUUAUAUGAAAAAAUGUUUCGGAAGAUUUAGCAUUCAUUGUUCGAAUAAACCGUGAAUAAAUUACAAUCAAAUUUGGAAUCUUCUUGACUUAUAUUGAUGAUCAUAAACUUAGACUUAACUUUAUUGCUAUAUUUUAGUUCGCGUCUGCUAAUAUUAUAUUAAAAAUGUCUUCAAAUGAGAUACAUGUGUGUGCUAUUAAUUCGACCGAAGAGGCUAAAUUUAAUAUAUUGUUUUGAUGUGGAAAACGUCAACUAGAGGUUCGGAAUUCAUUAUAUUAGAUAUGAGACUUAGACCACGGUGUACAACGAUUCUUUUCUAAUUCAGCGCCAACUACAUAAUUUUUAAGAAAACUUGUCCAUUUAAUUUCAUUAAAAUAUCACAUUUAGACCAACCUGAACGGUUUAAGGUUAGGUGGAAAGACGGAAAUCAUUAUAUUGGGUAUGUUGGGGGCAGAGAAAGGGACGGGCUGAUUGCAUUAAUUUGGAUAUUACACAGAAUGCCCCUUUAUACUUAACUACAGCUGACAUGGAUAAGGAACUGGAACUUCAGUAUCGGGUUCAUGCAGCACUCGACGUCGUUGAGGAAAAAUGUCAGCCUAUUAGUAAAGCUACACCAGAAUCCAAGGAACUUUACUUGGGUAUGCUCUACUCGACUGAGACACAUAAGAUUUAUGGCUUUGUGACUAACACAAAAAUUAAGUUUGUCAUAGUUGUGGACUCAGGAAAUAUAGCACUGCGAGAGAAUGAAGUGAGAGCGAUGUUUCGAAAUUUACAUAUGCUUUAUACGGAUGCUGUCUGUAAUCCCUUUUAUGCGCCGGGCGAACCCCUAGCUUCUAAAAAAUUCGAUCGUGCAGUACAAAAAAUCAUGGGCGGCAUUGCUUAAAGGUGAUUUGAUAUUAAUUUUCUUAAUUAAAUCUUUAUUAUUAAUAUCGUCAAUGUGUAAACCAAUAAAAAUAUUGUAACACUUUAUUUAAAAUAUAUAACGUUCAUAAGAACUCGGCCAUUCCAUAACAUAUGAAUAAGGUGGGAAUGUUGCAAGGAACUUCUUUGUUUCUGCAUCACGUUCGUACUCAAAGCUAACAUAAUGUCCGGAAAUGCCUAACUGCAUUAGCUCUUCGUCAAAUUCACUAUUCUCCUUCUGCAUUAUGAAACAUGUUAUUAAUCUUUGUAUAUUUAUUAAUUAAUUUAAUAAAAAUAAAAUUUUCUUACCUUCAAAUCAA